UAGAAACACGACUUAAAACCUCAUAACCAAAACACGUUUUUUACUUCUGAAAAUCCUCUCUUCCGACGCCGACGCAGGGGAGAAGAUCAAACAAGAAUGGCGGCAUCUUCGGCUCUCUCCAGAAUCGCGAAUCUCGGAAGGCACUUGAACCCUACCUCAAAGGGUGAAGCGAAAGUUAAAUUAUCCAAAGAGGUUUCGGAGGCUUUAUCAGCGGGGAAUCCGAUUGUUGCGCUUGAAUCGACGAUUAUUUCACACGGGAUGCCGUAUCCACAGAAUUUGGAGACAGCUAAAGAAGUAGAGGCAGUUGUAAGGCAAAAUGGAGCUGUACCCGCUACUAUUGCUAUUUUGGAUGGAACACCAUGCAUAGGUUUAUCAGCAGAAGAGCUUGAGAGGUUGGCUGUCCUUGGAAGAAAAGCUCGAAAGACAGCUCGCCGGGACAUUGCACAUGUUGUGGCUACUGGAGGAAUUGGUGCAACAACUGUCUCUGCAACCAUGUUUUUUGCUUCUAUGGCUGGCAUUCCCAUUUUUGUCACGGGGGGCAUUGGUGGAGUACAUCGACAUGGAGAGAGUACAUUGGAUAUUUCUUCUGAUCUCACGGAGCUUGGAAGGACACCUGUUGCUGUAGUUUCUGCUGGUGUCAAAUCAAUAUUAGAUAUUUCAAGAACCCUUGAGUAUUUGGAAACUCAAGGAGUCUGUGUUGCUGCAUACCAGACCAAUGAGUUCCCUGCCUUCUUCACUGAUAAGAGCGGCUACAAGGCACCUUGCCAUGUUGAUUCACCUGAGGAUUGUGCUCGACUAAUAGAUUCAAACAUUGGUCUUGGCCUGGGCACUGGAGUUCUGAUAGCAGUCCCCAUUCCCAAAGAGCAUUCUGCUUCAGGAAACAUAAUUGAGUCAGCAAUACAGAGAGCUCUUAAAGAGGCUCGGGAGCAUAAUGUGACUGGCAGUGCUGAAACGCCUUUCUUACUUGCUAGAGUGAAUGAGCUCACUGGGGGAGCAUCCCUUGCUGCAAACAUUGCUCUAGUGAAAAACAAUGCCCGCGUUGGUGCACAGAUUGCUGUCUCUCUCUCCCAAAUCCAAAAUCAUAAGCGUAAAGGUUGACCGUUUGAUGAUACCUAAAGGAAGCAUCAGUGCCAACAGUUUGUUGAGAAGGAAUGGGUGAAACUUCAAUUUCUCUCCUUGUAAAGAUCUUACCCUGCAGAAGAAUAGAAGAAAUGGUUUGGAGAUAUGUGGAUGUUUCUUGCUGCUCCCACUGCAAAGAGCACUGAGGAACAAAACUGAUGGCAAAUUGUUCUAAAUCGGUUGUGUUAGGACACCUGCAUCUGAAUCUUAGUGCUUUUAUUUCACCUCAACAUUAUUUAAGAUAUGUGCAUUCAGAUGUAUAAGUGUCAAAUAUUUUCUGUGACACUAUAUUUUGUGUUUUGCUGGAAGACUAUUUAUAAGAAUAACCAGAAGUAUAAAAUGCUCAGCUCCACGAAACUUGGAUUUCCAAUACAUAGGUAGAACUCCAGAGUUAAGUUACACAGUCAAACAAUUAGUGUCUCCCCACCACAUUCUUACAAUGCAUUCUUUUAGCAUUGGAAAUCCCAUAAAACAUUAGGCACAGG